CGCGCCGCGCCGAGGGCCCUUAGAGACGCGCUGAGAUUUAGCCAAGGCAAGACACAAGUACACAGGCUCCCAAGAAAAAAAAUAUGACCGCUUCAUCUAUGGCGCACAACGUGGCGAAACACCCGAGUGCUAAGGAGGAGAGAAAGCUGAGGAAGCCGCUUAUUGAGAGAAAAAGACGGGAGAGGAUAAACAAUUGUUUGGAUCAACUGAAAGAGACUGUGAUCGGAGCUUUCAGACUUGAUCAAUCCAAACUCGAAAAAGCCGAUAUACUAGAGAUGACAGUGAAACAUCUGCAAAACAUCCAGAGUAAUAAACUCAUUGACCCCGCAUUAGGCCUUGAGGCUCAGCAGAAAUACAGCACAGGCUACAUCCAGUGCAUGCACGAGGUCCACAACAUGCUCCUUACCUGCGAGUGGAUGGACAAAACACUGGGCUCCCGCCUGCUCAACCACCUGCUCAAGUCCCUGCCAAGGUCCACGGAUGAGGCGCCCCUCCAGCCCCCCCCAAGGCAGGACGUCCCACCUCUGCCAAGCCAUGGUGCCAGGCUCCCCUGCACACCAGUCAGAGGUGACCCACAGCCUGGCAGGCAAGUCCAGAGAGAGGCUGCCCCCCACCACCAUGCUGCUGGAUAUCAGGAGAGGCCCCCACUCCACAGCCCCCACCUGGGCAUGCUGGAGAUGUGGAGGCCCUGGUGA